GUCGACGGCGAGUGUGAAGUUCAAGCGUUCACGCUCCGCAAGGCUUAGCAUGAGCUGUCCUCAGUUUCAUUUCGCCGUGGUGGGGUACUACAUCGCCACUCUGGUCUACGUGUCCGGGAUGGACUUGUCCAACGUCACCGACGAAAAGGUCAAGAACCUGAGGGACUUCGGACCAUUUUACCUGACCUUGUGGAACUGGGGUCUACAUUUGCUAUAUUUUUUCAUGCACUGUAUUAAUCACACUUUGCAAAAAAUGCCAAUGAAAAUUUCUACAAGCUUGAGAAGGAUGAUGGGGCAGAUGACCAACUAUUUAUUUUGUGCACUUGUGUUUCCCUUGACUAUUUACGUGUCGAGCACGUUCUGGAUCAUGUUCGCCUACGACAGGGAGCUGCUGUACCCGCGCGCGCUGGACGCCGCCAGCCCGCCGUGGUUCAACCACGUGAUGCACACCUCGAUCCUGCCCGUGGCGCUGCUGGAGCUGGCGCUGCACCGCCACCGCUUCCCGCCCCCGAGGACGGCCUGCCUCUCGCUGGCCGCGCUCCUCGCCGCCUACGGCCUCGCCAUGACGUACGUGUAUUUCCGUUACAACGUGGCGCUGUAUCCUCUCUACCCCAUGCUGAACUGGACACAGCGGGGUUUGUUUUUCGCAGUUUCCGUGGCAGAGUGUUCCGUUUUUUACCUUCUGGGGGAGAAACUCAACACUCUGUGCUGGGGGAAUCGAAUCAAGAGUGUGCACGGAGAAAAGCAACAAUGACUGUUAAAAGAAGCAAAGAAAAUGUUUUCAGGACUGGCUUACUAACUAUAGUUUGUGAUAUUAAAUAUAAAUUAUUUCAGUUAA